AUGGGCAUAUCCAACGAUGUUCUCAGCUCUAUCAAGAUACCAUCAGGUCUUCAAGUCGAGCUCUUUGAGCAUGAGUACAAGGGCAGAACCCUGACCCUCACCUCCGACGUUUUAUGCCUGGUAGACUAUAACUUCAACGACAUUACGACUUCCUUCAUCAUAACUGCACUCUCCCCGCCGACUACACAACCUCAGACUACAACUGCCCUCAGAACCACCACUACACCGGCUCCAACCACAACAGCAGGGCUGAUUUCAACACCCCCGCCUCUCAGCUUCAACUGGAGCGCACAUCAUCGUGAAAUAUUCCAACCGCUGGUAUGGUAUACCUUCGAUGACCCUAACGACUUGGGGAAGGACAGCAGCGGGAAUGGCUACAACGCUACCAACCAUGGGGCAACCCACGACUCUGCUGCGAAUUGCAAACGAGGGCAGGGGUGCGUGCACUUCAGUGCGAGCGGGGCCCAGCAGUACAUGACAAUGGACAGCCGGCUGGACUUAGGCAGCAUCCAGCAGACGAGCGGGAUUACUGUCAGUUUUUGGGGCUACAUGAGUGCUGGGAGUGGAUCGUAUGCUCGCUUCUUCGACUUCGGGGGGGGUCAGUCUAACAACAACUGGCUGGUGGCAGUGCCGGAGCCAGCCACUGACCAGAGGCUGUUUCAGGUGCACUCAUACCAUGGAGCAAGCAAUGUCAUCGUCGACAGCUACUACAAUUACAUGAUCUCGAUCUGGCAUCAGUUCGUGAUCUCAAUCUACCCUGAUGAUGGGAGCGCAUUGGCAAACAAGUGGUUCAUCUGGGUUGACAAUGUACUGGUGUGUGAUGCCUGUGAGACAGACAGGCUCUACUCAGUGUCAAACGUGGCACAGAGAGGAUGGUACCUCGCUCGUUCGCACUGGUCAGGAGACGGGAAGACGGACGGCGGUCUUGACGACUUUCGGGUUUACGAUGGAGUUCUGACUCCCUCCCAGGUCGCCCAGCUCUACACCGAUUCUGUCACAGUGGCAUGCAGCCCUCCCGCAACGACCUCCAUUCCUACCACUACGACCCCCUUUCCUACCACGACGACUCCCUUUCCUACCACGACAACCUCCUUUCCCACGACAACCUCCAUGCCCACCACGACUCCAGCAGGCGCUUCGCCGCUUGAAUCAGGUCCUGAGGAGCCAAUGCAAGUGUGGGCAGUUUACCCGGCUUACAUCACCUGCCGAAUGCUCUACACGUGGGAUCAAGUCAACCAAGGGCAGCGCGCAAGGGUCAAAAGCUUCAGGUCGGGGGGACUAGGAAACUUGAUGAUCGCGCGGAAGUACGAGGUGUGGGUCUGCAGCUAUCAGGAUGAAUGUGCCAAGCCCGGCAACGCGUUCUGCUAUGUCUAUGAUGAGCAGAGGAAGCUGUUCCUUCCGUGGGGUCUGCAAGAAGAUCUGAUGCUGAGCUAG